AUGAAGUCUUUGAAAGUUCUCUCUCUGCUUCUUGCCUCUCUGAGCCUUGUUUUGAUGGAAGAGAAUGUCUCGGGUGUAAGUAUAAGGAGUCCCAGUGCCACAGCAAUGCAGAGGCGCUACUCCGAGGCCACCCUGGCAAGCGAUUACAGCCGCACGAUGGAUAACAUGCUGAAGAAGAACUUUGUGGAAUGGUUGUUAGCCAGGCGAGAGAAGAAAAGCGACAACAUCAUUGAGCCAUACAAGCGGGAAGCUAAGCCCCAAGUAUCAGCUGCGAACGGCCAGAGCCUGGACCUGGGUGCCGAGAAAGCCAAAGACUUCUUUGCCUGGCUUCUGAAAAACACGAAAAAUCAGAGUUUUACUUCUCCAGAAGGAUCAGAAGAUUUGAAGGAUGUUUUGAGCCAGGAGUUUCUGACAUGGCUGCUUUCAGCUGAUCUCUGCAGACCAACGUGA